AUCGAGACGGGUGCCGUCCGUUCGUCCCCACGUCCUCGGCCCACCAAUUCGGCGCCCCCGCCUCGCCUCGCCUCGCCUCGCCGGAGAGAUGGGCGCCGCCGCGAAGCCCCCACCAUUCGUCUGCUUCAAGUGGCCAUGGGGCGGCGGCCCCAAGGCGGCGAGCCCUAACCCCGCCACCGGCCCGAGCCCCUGCGGCGACCUCGAGCUGCCCUGGCUGUUCAAGUCCAUCGGCACCCUUGCUCAGGGCCUCCUCAUCGCCGGGGACCUCCCCUCCCCCUCGUCCGACGGGGGAGGAGGCGGGCGGAGGCGGAGACGCCCCGGGGCGGCGGUGGAGGCGGACCGCGGGGAGGCGGAGCAGCGGGCGCUCGCGGCGGCGCUGGCCACGAGGGGGAGGGAGGCGACCGUGCUGGAGUUCUACUCGCCCCGGUGCCGCCUGUGCGCGUCGUUGCAGGGGCUCGUGCGGGAGCUCGAGGACGGCGCUGGUGGGCGGGCCGGCUUCGUGCUCGCCGACGCCGAGGACGACCGGUGGCUCCCCGAGCUUCUGCAUUACGACAUCAGAUAUGUCCCUUGCUUUGUGCUUCUGGACAAGAACGGCAGAGCCUUAGCGAAGACUGGCGUACCAACUAGCAGGCAGCACGUUAUCGCUGGUCUCCAUCACCUCCUUAACAUGAACCAGCUAUCUGUGCAAGGAGGAAAGAAGAGCACUACUCCAUGACAAAGUCAUGCAAUUGUUAGUGUGUCAGAAUAUCAGAUAGGGCAUUUUGGUUACCAAGCAUGUUGAUCAACAUUGCUGAAAAUUUCUAUUCUUUUCCAGUUAGGCAUAUAUGUUAUGUUAUGUAUGUAGUAUAUUCUUGAAGCUAAUGUUAAUGUAUAAUAAAAAAAAAUCCAGAAUGUGAGGACUUCGGGUUCAGUUACUGCCUGCGAAAGGUAGAUGUUCUGGGGGAAAUGGAUAGUACUAUGUUGAAGAAACCACACACCUUUGAUUUGAAAGAUAGUAGAAAUUUGAAAGAUAGCAUGAUUUGAAAGAUA